AUGACCGUCCCAGGAUGUCCCAUCCGGACAGCCGCUGUUGCUCCCAGCAAGCAGGCUGCAAAGACGAAAGCAACAUGCGAUUAUGUCCAGAUUCUGCAGAACCACGGUCUUAUGCAAACACCUGCAAAGAUCCAGCAAAAGCGGAAGAAUACCUCGCAUCAUUCCCAGCCACCUUCUAAGAAGGGAGCUGUGGGAACAUCUACAUCUACUGGUCCAGUGCCAGUGGGUCGGUUUGAACCUGCAGUUGCCCAUGUUAACGAUGUCCUGUGCGGAAAGAUCGUGGAAGCGCUGAAGCUGAAUCGCAUGGCGAAAUGCGUGCAAAUCUUCCAGGACAUCCGCAGGGCAAAACAAAUCAUCAGCCUGAAGCAGUUGGCAAAAUUUGCCGACAGCAUGGGCAUGCGUACUCCGGAAGCACAGGCCAUGGAGUUCUUUGAUGCCAUCAAGGCAUUGGAUUUGGCUGAUCACUCAUCACCUGCCGCUCAAAGGUAUUUCAGCCGUUUCGCGCGCUGGGCCAUUCGUGAGUUCCUCGCAGAUGCAAAAGCCGCAAUCAAUCAAGCCAAGAGCUUGCCAGGCCACGUCCUGGAGAGGAAUGGCUGCUGCCUUCAACAAGCACACACCAAGGUGGGCUCCAAAGGCUCGCAGCUCAUGGUGACACCGCAGAGCCCGAUUGGUUCCGCCACUUUCCAGCGUGGCGACUGGUUGCUGUUGACCUGGCCUCCAAGUUUACGGCCAACUGAGCUGGUCACUGCUUCCAGUCCUGGUCAGAUUUGCGCAGAAGCGGAGAUUGUCGCAGUGCAGACCAUGCCUCAGGUUUGCUUUGAAGUGAAGAUGAUGGGCGAAGCGGCGGAUGCUGCGGUGAACAGACUGAAAGACAAGACUUGCCGAGUCGACAAGAUUGCAAACCAUGUCACACUCAGCCGCCAACUGGACGCACUGCAGAAAGUGUGCAACGCCCCAAUCCAGUGGAACGCCCACCUUGUUGCGCACGCCAUACGCGACCUGAGCAGCUCGGAGCCCACCUGGGUGAAGCAUUUGCUCUUGUGCGCUGACUCAGCUUUUUCGGGCAGAGAAGCGGAGCUUGCUGCGGAGGAGGUGCCUUUCUCCCUCUCUCCGCACAACCCUCUGUUGUUGGAGGCCAAUGUCUCUCAGCGACGCGCCUUGCUUUCAGCCUGUGGACGUCAACUUACCUUGAUCCAAGGGCCUCCAGGCACCGGAAAGACCACUACUGCUCUUUUGCUGGUCCGUGCCUGGGUCUUCACGAACCAGCGGCCCAUCCUUUGCGCUGCGGAUAGCAACAUCGCCGUGGAUAACCUGGUGGAUGGAUGUGCCAAGGCCAAGCUGAGUGUGGUCCGGGUGGGCCGGCCAGAAGCAACACGAACGGACUUGGAACAGUACAACGUGCUCGACAUGGUGAAGGAUGCAGAUCCUGACAGGAGGUUUGGUGUACAGAAGGGCAUUUUGAACCAAGCGGAUGUGGUUUGCUGCACCUGCUUUGGUGCUGACCAUCCCAUGAUUCAACAGAUGAGCUUCGCGCGAGUUCUUUUGGAUGAGGCAGCUCAAGCAACUGAGCUUUCAGCCUUGGUGCCGUUGAUGAAGAUGAAGUCUCAAGGCUGUGUGACACUGGUGGGUGACCAUCGACAGCUGCCUCCUACCAUCAGCAACCUCACGGUCGAUGUGGAAGGAUUUGGGACCUCACUAUUUGAACGUUUGGCCAGUCAGGGCGUGCAGCCAUAUUUGCUAAACAUUCAGUACCGCAUGCAUCCCUGCAUCUCUGCGUUUCCCUCCGUUAUGUAUUACAAAGGUCAGAUCCUCUCGGGUGUCACAGGCAGUGCGAGGAAGCCUCCACAGGGCAUCGCUUGGCCAAAUGCUGAUGUCCCAGUGACGUUUCUGCCGGUUGCUGGACGAGAGGUCUCUGAAGGAACUUCCUGGACCAAUAGUUCGGAGGUGCAAGCGGUGCAAGAACUGCUGAAGAGCUUGUUGGCCUGGGACGAUAUCAGCGCACAGGAGGUGGGCAUCAUUACACCCUAUGCAGCCCAAGCGAGGCUGUUGCGGCGCACCCUGGGCUGUCCACCACCUGGGAAGCGUAUGGCACCAGGCAGCCUCAACAUGGAGGUGAGCAGUGUGGAUGGUUUCCAAGGCCGUGAGAAGGAUGUGAUCAUAGUGACCACUGUCCGCGCCAAUGCUGCAGGGAAGGUGGGCUUUGUCGGUGACACGCGCCGUUUAAACGUGACCCUCACCAGGGCCAAGCGUGGCUUAGUAGUUGUCGGUUGCUUCAACACUUUGUCAGCAGACGAGAAUGGCUGGCGACCGUGGCUGAUUUGGGCACAAGAACGAGGACUCAUUGCAGGCUGUGAAGCAACGAUGCCAGAAGCUGCUGAGGCAUUGACUACCUUGGGUUCUUUGUCUGAGCAGCAGCUCCUGACGACAGCCGUGGGUCAGUAA